ACUGUAACCUCAAAGAGCAAAAUAUAAACAUUUCCAGACUACCCUUUCAGAAAGAAUUGUUUAUUAUUUAUUUAUACCACAAUGGCUCGUUCACUAAAUUGGAUACCAGAUACACUCUAUAAUUAUUCAAUUACAUCUGUAGUUUCAAAUUAUGAUUCAUAUAUAAAGGACAUUAAACUAUUUCAUGGCGAUCUACUCUUUGAUGUUUGCUUGCAACUUUACAAAAAGGGUGAUUUAGUACGACUAGCUAGAGAAUGUGAAAACUUAGAAGUUUUUGCAAAACUGUUGAAAGUUACUGAUAAAAGGAAUUUAUUACAUAAUGCAUUUCAAGCUCUGAUGGAUGUAGGAUGUCCAAUUGCAUUAAAAUUAGCCAAUGGAUUUCAGAAAUAUCUCUUACAGAGCUUCCAUCUUGAUGAAUUGAAGACAAUACAAUUGGGAUUUUCUUUAGGUUCUUUUUUGACUGAUGCUGGUUGGUAUCCUGAAAGUGAGAUAGUAUAUUUGACAUGCUUAGAGUUGUCUCGGAGAAAUACGCAAACUAUUGGUUGGUCUGUAAUUUUUGAGUGCCUUAAAAGAUUACUGAAAGUUAGAACACUUUAUUGUAAAUUUAAAGAAGCAGAAUCAACCUUCCAGGAAGCAUUACAGUCUAUACAGUUAGCUGAAAGACUAGGACUUAGAAUAAAUUUUGCCGGAUUGUAUAGCGAAUUUUCUGCUUUCUAUUUCAUGCAAUGUCACAGUAAAGAGGCAUAUAAAUGGAGUGAAGAAGCUAUCAAAUGUCUAGAUUCAACCCUUCCUACUCGUGAAAUUAUCAACAUUCUUUGUAAUGCAUCUAAGGCAUGUUUAAUGAAAAAGUGUUUUAAGAGAGGAGAGUUUUUAAUCAAGCAAGCAUUAGUCAAAGCUAGAAAAUGCUGUGGUCGACGUACUCUUGUAAUGGCAGAUGCUUUGAUGGAUUAUGGUUACUUUCUCUUGCAUAUAGAUUCCACUCAUCACUCAAUUACAGUGUACCAAGAAGUAUUAAACAUAUUGACAAGCAUUUUGGGUGGCCAAAAUCUACGAGUAGCCGCUGUUCAUGAAGAUAUAGCAUAUGCUUGCUAUGUGAAUGAGUAUAAGACUGGCAACUUUAAGGAUGCAAAGGAACACAUUGAAAAAGCAUGUACCAUUAAAGAGAGUCUGUUGAGUGAGGAUCAUUUUUUACUUCCUUCAGCUAAAAGAAUAACAGCUUUAAUUUUUGAAGAAAUUGCUAAUGAUAGUCAUGAUUAUGAAACACAGCACAGAUUGUUUCAGAGAGCUGAAGAACUCCACUUAUCUGCUCUUCGUGUUACCAAAAACUACUUGGGUGAAAUGAAUGUUCUCGCUGCAAAACACUACGGUAACCUUGGCAGAUUAUAUCAGUCCAUGAAAAAAUAUGGGGCUGCUGAAGAAAUGCUUUUGAAGGCUAUUACUAUUAAAUCCACUCUGCUAGGAGGUAAUGAUUAUGAAGUUGCCAUUUCUGUGGGCCAUUUAGCAUCUUUGUAUAAUUAUGAUAUGCUACUUUAUAAGGAAGCUGAAACAUUGCAUUUGCAAGCCAUAGAUAUAGGUAUCACUCACUUUGGGAAAUCAUACAGUGGACUGGAAUUUGAAUAUAGGGGUCUUUUGAGAAUAUAUGCUCAUUUAGGUGAUGGAGACAGUCUUUCAAGAAUGUAUUCGAAUCUGCAUGAUUGGAAAACUCUAAGAGAUCAAUUAAUUGAGAAAGAAAGUAAAAUAAGUCCUUUAGAUUUUAAAGUUUCCAUUGUAUCGCCUGAAAAAAUAUAUUCGCUUUUUAUUUCUCCAACAUAACUAUUAGAUGAUGUAGACUUCAUCCUGUAGUUUAAAGAAUUGUUAGAUGAUGUUAAUAGAUUUAUUAAAUCACAUGUUGAGAUAUAUUGUUUUGUUUUAAAGUGAAGAAUUGACGAAUGUUAUAAAACUAUUAUAAUCUGUUGUGUAAAUAUGCAUGUAAAGCUUGUCGGUGUUGUCUGAAGUUUAAAAAAUUGCUGCAAUCAAACCUGUCAUUCUUAACCAAUAUUCUAUUCAAAUUAAAGAAAAAAUGAAAGUAAGAUAAUAAAAGUAAAAAUUGAGAAAUUUGGAAAAUUCUUGAAAAAACCUCAAAUACAUUUUGAAUUUUGAAGAAAUAUGGGAUAUAUAAUAUAUUUUUAGCCAGAAAUAUAGUGUAGUUGCAAUGAAAAUUGUUUAGAGAUUUUAUGAAACACCUGAUGACCAAAUUUGAAACAAUUUUUGCUUGUCUAUGUAAAAAUAUAAAUUCUAGUAAAAUACUUGUAAUUUUUUUAAAAAUAUUAAUCUUGCUAUAACAUUAAUUUUUUAUAAAUAUUUGAAAUAAAUUAACCAUUUUACAAACAAAUUUUUGUAGAAAUGUUUUGAUUAAAAUUUAAUUUUCCUUGCAGACCCACUCAAUUAUUAGUUUAGUGCUUUGUUCAAUAUUUAUGCUUUAUCUUUUUACUUUUUUUUUUUAACCUUUGUGCAUUUUUUGGUAUAAAUGUUAUGACUCCUGUAUUAUUUUUAAUAUUUUUUCAUUACUGAGGUUACAUAGUGUAUUAUUUAAUCGACAAAUGAAUGGUGUAAAUUUAAUAGACAUAUAAUUAUCAUGUAAGACUUUUUAUCCAUUUUAUCACUAGUAGUUUUAUCAUUAAGUUAUAAUUUUUAAUGAACAUCAAUAAUGAUUUUCUUAUGAAAUAAUAAUUUUUGUUUAAGCUUCUUAAAGUACUUGAUUAAAAACUUCAUUCGCUUCAAAAUUAUAUUAAUAGGAAAUUGCAGCCAGCAACUUUUGAGAGAUCAAGCACCAGUGCCCAUUUACAAGUUUGAAACUUGUUGACUUUUAUUUCUUAUAUGUUUUUGAUAUGUUUAUAAUAUGUUUUUGAAGCGAAUGAAGUUUUUAAUCAGAUAAUAUCUUACUGCUUCAGUUUCUUGGGAUUAUUCAUUUAAUGUUUUGUAGUAUUUUUCUUAAACAUUUUAUUUUCACAGCUAUAUUUUUCACUGUUAUAUUUUUCAAAAGUAUAUAUAGGUUGUAAAAAUCAAUUUGUUCCUUAAGGUCGAGUAAUGUCAAGUUUCAGUUGUGGUAAGUAAUUAAUCUGAUAAUUAAAGAGAUUUUUUAUGAAUUCAGAAAGCAUUUUAUUUUAGAAGUUCAAGUCACGUGAAGGAGGAUUUUGUCAACAUCUUUAAGUAAAGAAAUAUAUAAACUUUUUACUUUUUUUAUGGUGUCUCUGAAGUAUCUCUUAAAAUUAUGAACAUUGUUAUGUAAAGUUUUAAUUGCCUAAAUAGUUUAAUUUUUCAUUUUAAGAACUUGAAUUUUCUAUAAAGUAAUAUGCAUUUUAGUUUCAUUGAAAAAUUUAUGUUAGUCAGAGAUGAUUGUGCUCCGGAAAAAAUCCGGAUUUCCAGAUUUUUCGAUAACCGCGAUCAAGAAAUCCAAAGUCCAGAAGUUUACAGAAAUCAUCGAUCACAUUUAUGAAUACAAAUUCUUGUAUGUUUUAUUUAAAAAUAUUAGAACUAGAAUUUAUACUUGGCAUCUCUUUCAUUUGUAAAUAUUUUUUCUGGUAGAAUACUAAAUGUGAUUAGAGAUAAAAGUAAACUAAAAACAUAAUUGUUAAUUUAAAUUAUGUUGUAUAUAAUUUAUGUAGAAUUUCACUUUGUGAAAAUAUCAAUGAUUUAAAUUUAUAAGGACAUUAAUUUUUUGAAAUGCAUCAUUAAUGAUUUUAUGCAAGAAAUUUUCAGGAUUUUUUAAUUGAGCUUACAAUUACCCCUGGCUAGUAGUAUUAAAAAAAUGAUUGAUUUUCAUACAGCAGAUUAAUCAAAAACAUUUUAUUUAUUUGUGCAAAUUUUCAAUUUAUGAUUAAAGAUUGAAUUAAACGACUUGUAUAUAGUUUAGUUCAUUUUAUUGCACCAAUUUUUUUUCCUGUUUUCCAUAGUGCUGUGUGAAAUUUUAUUUCAUAUAUUAUAUUUAAGUAUACAUGCUGAAAAUCACACUUACAAAGCUCCCAUAUUAGGUAAGUAAAUGUGGCGACUGUGAAGAAAAACUUUAUUUAAAACAUCUGCAUGCUGUUGAGUCUUUACAAAAUCUUGAGCUGUUUUUUAAAGCUGCAUAAAAUAUAGAUUAUGAAAUAUCUUAUGCAUUAAUGCAUUUUAUGCAUUAAUUAACCUAAAUUAAACAAAAUUCUGAGGCAUUACAAAAAAAUUAUGUGAAACAUUUAUUGCAAGUUGACUUUUUUUAUGUUUGAAUUUAAUGUGCUAACCUUGAAUUCCGAUUAAAUGAGCAUUUUUCCAUUUCUCAAUCUCCUCGUUAAAUGCAUAUUCUACUGUAUUUAUCUAUACAUAUACCUUGUAAACUUUUUUUGUUUGUUUCUCUAUGUCAAUAGCUUCUUUUAGAAUAAAUGUGGAUUGUGGCAAUUGCUUAUAAAUAUUUUUAUACGCUAUGGGUCUGAAAAAGAAUGUUUGUUUUUAUUUUUCUUCAUUGCUUAAAAUGAGAAUUAAUGAAUAUUAAAAUGUAUUUUACAAUUAUUUUACUCACCAUUACCAGUUUUUGUGAAUAACUUUUUUCUUUCAUUAAUUGUUAGUUAUUUAAAUAUUUGAAGCAUUUUAAAAUUGUGAAUUUAAGAUUGUAAAAACACUUGUUUGCUGUCAUAAGGCUGUAAAUUUUUAGAUUAAAAUUUUUUUAAUCCUAAUAUUUUUUUAAUGUUUGCAUAUGUAAAGACAUAGUAGCAAAUUAUUGUCAGAAAUACUUUUUCAUUCAGAUUAUGGGUGUAAAUUUAUUCAAAUUUUCAUUUAAAAAUGGCUGGUUUGAAUUAUAUGUUUGUAUACAUUUGUAUAUUAUAGUGCAUAAAGUGUUCCAAUAAAGUAUUUGUUUUAAAUUCA